UCGACGCCUGCAUCACUAAGCCAACAGCGACGUCCGACCGCGCCAAAUAAAAUCCGCCAAUAUGCUUUUCUGUCAAUUUCUUAGCAAACCGUUAAAAUAAACUCCCGCCAAUAUUUCAUCUUACAUAUUUACAAUGACGUGCCUUUCACGUGACCCUACUUUUCAAACUUUUCUGUAAAAUUUAGUGCGACGUGUAUGCAUUCACUAGUUAUUUAGCUGAGUACACGCAAUUUACGUUUUUGCAAAACUUUUUAAUUAAUUAUAACCAAAAACAAGCAUGCGCAUUUGGGUUAUACGGGCUUUACGAAACGGAACGGCCGCACCUGACGAUCUGGGUAUCCGAGGUCUCUGAAACUGAUGGCUCGAAAAUCCGUUUUGUUCGUUUGUCUUGGUAACAUCUGUCGUUCACCAAUCGCGGAAGCAAUUUUCAUUCAAGAAAUCAAGGAGAGAGGAAUGUCUAAAGAGUGGGAUGCAGACAGUGCGGGUACGGCUGAUUUUAAUCUUGGCAUGUCGCCUGACGAUCAUGCUGUUGCAACACUGCGUUCACAUGGGAUUGAAUGUGGAGGCUCAGCACGUCAGGUUUGUAAGGACGACUUUUUUUGAUUUGACUUCUGUUAGUGAUUUCUGGCUCGGCAACAUUGCUUUGGUUGACAUGCAUCCAUUUAUGUGCUAUCUGGACUAAAGCAAACCAAGCAGUUAAUGACACUGAAGUUGCAAAGAAAA